CACUGAUUUAUGAUUGGUGUCUUGCAUUAUUACAAGCCGGUUUUUAUGCGGUAUAGGUAGCAAAAAGUUGUUAUACGAGUAGUACGAGGUUCUAUAGGUAUAAGUGAAUAUUUGGUCCGAUGCAACAAAAUAUUGGGAAUUAUUUCAAACAUUUUCUCAAUAUUGAAUAUGUUUAUUUUAAUCGGCCUUUUUGGUGUUUUCCUGACUUUGUUAGUGUUGCCGGUAUAUUUGCAUAAAAGUUAUGUCAAAAAACAUGAGAAAUAUUUGAAAAAUAUAUCAGGGCCUAAACCUAAUCCAUUUUUCGGAAAUAUGUUGGAUUUUGUGAUUCCUACUCACAAAUUUAUGAACCUUUUUUCGGAUUAUAUGGAUAAAUAUGGCACUAUUACGAAAGUAUAUGAUGGUCCUCAAAGUACGUUUUUACUUGUAGCCGAUGAAAACCUCUUCGAAUACAUUUUAAGCUCGCCUCAACUUAUAGAAAAAGCAAGUCAAUAUGAAUAUUUACAAAAUUGGUUAGGAUUGGGUUUACUCACAAGCACAGGUUUAAAGUGGAAGAAACGCCGUCGUGUAAUAACUCCAGCUUUUCAUUUUUCUAUUUUGGAAAAUUUUGUAGAUAUUUUUGAAAGAGUCGGGGACGUUUUUAUAAAAAAACUCGAAACUCAUAUUGAAGAGGAGAAGGUUGACAUUUAUCCAUUGAUUACACUCUAUGCACUUGAUAUUAUCUGUGAAGCAGCGAUGGGUAUAUCAGUUAAUGCCCAAUUAGAUAAUAAGUCACAAUAUGUGAGAUCUGUUGAAGAAAUAUGUAGAAUAAUAACAGAUAGGAACUUUUCCCCACUAGAUACACGUUUUUAUCCCUUUACCAUUAAUUAUUAUAAGGAAAAAAUGGCCUUAAAAGUUUUACAUGCUCAUACUGAUACCGUGAUUGACAGAAGAAUAAAGGAAAUGAAGAACUGCGUUGUAGAAAAUAAUGAAAACGAUGUUGGAAUUAAAAAGAAAAUGGCGUUUUUAGAUACAUUGCUGAAUAGCAACUGUGAUGGUAAACCUUUAUCUAGGACAGAUAUUAGAGAAGAAGUGGAUACUUUUAUGUUUGAGGGCCAUCACACGAUAAGUUCGGCCAUUUCAUUUGCUCUAUAUUCUUUGGCCAACAACCCUUCAGUACAGAAAAAAGCUUUAGAAGAACAGAAGGAGAUCUUCGGAGAUUUAAAAUCGGCCAAACCAAUACCAGCCGAUCUUCAAGAUAUGAAAUAUUUGGAGUUGGUCAUUAAAGAAACAUUGAGAUUGUAUCCUUCUGUACCGUUUUUUGGACGUAAUGUUACAGAAGAUUUCGAAUGGGGAUCCUAAAUGCUUAGAACAGUGGCAACAUAUAUGUCUUUCUUAGAGCCGAUAAAGCACUUUGAGAUGCUGUUCUACACUUUUUAGAAGAUAUUUUCAAAUGUUAUGGGACUCUUUUUUACUGAUGGUACUGCAAAAUAAAAAGGGGAAAGCCGAAAUUAAAGGGUGUGACAAUAUCAUAUACAAAACGAACCAAGUAACAUAUCUGGGUCUAAUCCUAGAUAGAAAACUUACUUGGAACCAACACUUACAAAAAUUGACCAACAAAUGUAAAAUGUUUUUCAUUGUAGGGAGACGAGCAUUUGGAAAAACAUGGGGAUUAAAAACAAAAAUAGUCCACUGGCUAUAUUUGGUAAUAACAAGACCAAUGAUAACUUAUGGAGCGGUUGUUUGGUGGCCAAAAGUAAAACAAAAAACAGCCCUCAAUAUCAUCUCAGGAAUUCAGAGGCUGGCAUGCCUUUGUAUUACAGGAGCACUGAAAAGUACACCGGCAGCCUCUAUGGAAAUUAUUUUAAACCUCCCACUCCUUGACCUAGUCAUACAGGAGGAGGCCAGAAUGAGUGCAUACAGACUGGAAAUCUUCAACAACUGGAAACCACUGGGACGUGUGAAAUAUACCAGAAUAACACAUGAAGCAAAUUAUUACAUAUUAAACAUGGGAUCAGAUCACAUGACACCCCUUCUAACCUUCAACAGACUUUUCCAUGUCAACUGUAAUUGGAACGAGGUAAAUAAGGAGCGGUCUCGUAUAGUAUACGGAUGAAUCUAAAACUAACAAGGGAACAGGCUCUGGCGUACAUAGAGUUAAACCCAAAUGCGACAUCAUCGUCUCACUGGGAAAACAUACCACUAUAUUUCAGGCUGAAAUACAUGCAAUCGAAUUGUGUGUACAAGAGAAUUUAUGAAGGAAGUACAAAAAACAAACCAUCCUAAUUCUCUCAGAUAGCCAAGCAGCCUUAAAGGCUGGUUCAAACAGAAUAAAGUCAAAGUUUGUCUGGAAUACUAAAUGAUCUGGCAACCCACAACAAGGUAAAACUAGCGUGAGUACCAGAGCGCAAAGGUAUCCAAGAAAAUGAAAAGGCUGAUGAACUCGCCAAAGAGGGAUCAGAUCCACCAUUCACAAGAACCGAACCUGUAUUUGGGAUAAGCUCGACAGGCAGUAAAAAAAGUGGAUAACCAUAAAACACCAAAUUCACUGGCAACAGAUAAAAGGG